AUGGCUGCUGAUCCAAAUCGUCCAUCAAACAGCAAGGGAAAUGCAAGUGAUUUUUAUAUGGCAUGUCGACAAGGUGAUUUAAUGAAAGUGAAUCGAUUAUUAAAAACAAUGUCUACGAGAGAUGUCAAUAGAAUCGAAGAAUCAAACGGCAGUACAGCUCUACAUGCAGCUUCCUUUUUUGGACAUGCAAAUAUAGUGAAAUUAUUAUUAGAGAUUGGGGCAAAUAUAAAUAUUCGUAAUGGACAUGGCUUAACACCUGAGCAAGAAGCAACAACUGAAGAAAUUAAAGAUGUAUUUGAACAACAUAAAAAGAAAAAUAACAUGUAA